AUGACGCAGGGUCCGGGCGGGCGCGCGCCCCCCGCGCCCCCAGAGCCCGAGGCGCCCACCACCUUCUGUGCACUGCUGCCGCGCAUGCCGCAGUGGAAGUUCGCGGCUGCGGGAGGCUUCCUGGGCCGCAGCCCGGCGGCGGCGCGGGCGGCUGAAGCUGCGGAGGUCGGCGACCCCCAGCCGGAGCCCGCAGGCGCGACGAGCGUCCCGGCGCUGGCGGCCGCCGUCCUUGGUGCCUGCGAGCCACGCUGCGCCGUGCCCUGUUCCCUACCGGCUCUUAGCCGCUGUCGCGCCGCAGGGCGGGGGCCAAGGGGCGCGCGGGGGCCGGCGGGGCCCCCAGACGCCGCCGCCGCGGAGUGGAUCCGCAAGGGCAGCUUCAUCCACAAGCCAGCACACGGCUGGCUGCAUCCCGACGCUAGGGUUUUGGGGCCCGGGGUCUCCUACAUCGUGCGGUACAUGGGCUGCAUCGAGGUCCUUCGCUCCAUGCGCUCUCUAGAUUUUAACACCCGCACGCAGGUGACCAGGGAAGCCAUCAACCGACUCCAUGAAGCUGUGCCUGGUGUCCGGGGCUCCUGGAAGAAGAAAGCCCCCAACAAGGCCCUGGCAUCUAUCCUGGGCAAGAGCAACCUGCGCUUUGCAGGUAUGAGCAUCUCCAUCAACAUCUCCAUCGAUGGCCUCAACCUCUCCGUGCCUGCCACACGCCAGGUCAUCGCCAGCCAUCACAUGCCAUCCAUCUCCUUUGCAUCAGGUGGUGACACGGACAUGACAGAUUACGUGGCCUACGUUGCAAAGGACCCUGUCAACCAGAGAGCUUGCCACAUCUUGGAAUGCUGUGAGGGCCUCGCCCAGAGCGUCAUCAGCACCGUGGGCCAAGCCUUUGAGCUGCGCUUCAAACAGUACCUGCACAGCCCCCCCACAGUGGUCAUGCCCCUGGACAGGCUGACCGGGCAGGAGGAGUCCGCCUGGGGAGAUGAGGAUGAAGUGUCAGAACACAAUUACUACAACAGCAUCCCUGGGAAGGAGCCGCCCCUGGGUGGGCUGGUGGACUCCAGGCUGGCCCUGUCGCAGCCCUGCACCCUCGGGGCCCUUGGGGCUCUUGGCCAGGGCACGUCCUCUGCUCGAAGAGAUGCCCACAGCCUGCCAUGGGACCUGGGGUCCUCAGGUACAGCCACACCGGGGGAUGGCUACGUGCAAGCAGAUACAAGGGGCCCCCGGGUCUACGAGGGACAUCUGUAUGUCAACACUCAGGGUCUGGAUGCCCCGGAGCCUGAGGACAGCCCCAAGAAGGACCUGUUUGACAUGCGACCCUUUGAGGACGCCCUAAAGUUGCAUGAGUGCUCAGUGGCAGCGGGCACAACGGCAGUCCCCCUUCCAUUGGAGGACCAGUGGCCUAGCCCCCCCACCCGCCGGGCCCCUGUUGCCCCCACGGAGGAACAGCUUCGGCAGGAACCCUGGUAUCACGGCCGAAUGAGCCGUCGGGCAGCAGAGAGGCUGCUUCGAGCUGAUGGGGACUUCCUUGUACGUGACAGCAUCACCAACCCUGGGCAGUAUGUCCUCACAGGCAUGCAUGCCGGGCAGCCCAAGCACCUGCUGCUUGUGGACCCUGAGGGCGUGGUGAGGACAAAGGACGUGCUGUUCGAGAGCAUCAGCCACCUGAUUGACUACCACCUGCAGAAUGGGCAGCCCAUCGUGGCUGCCGAGAGUGAGCUGCACCUGCGUGGCGUGGUCACUCGGGAGCCCUGAGCAAGGUG